CUCAUUCUCGCAUGUUGCUGGCGAACAAGAACAAGGUUGUCGUUCUUGCCGCCGUCGUGGGGUCUGCCGCCAUGGUGAACGCACAAGAGGCAGGUCCACCACCAGUUCUCCCUCAAGCUCUAGGCACCCUUGUGGAUACGUACAAGCCAAUCCUUGCUUCAUUUGCUGCCACGGCGCUGCCCGCAACGGUUGGCAACUGCUCUGCGGCGAACGCACCAACUCCAUGCACCAACAUUGGCAACCUCUUCAACACGACCUCCUCCCUGUACAACGUCGAAGCUCGAUGGAUCUCAGGACUCAACACCCUCAGCGUGGACAAAUUGACCCUCACAUCCGACCCCAACGGUACGAUCACUAUCGACGGCGCCGUCAGCUUCAAGAACUUGCCAUUGAGUCUCAAAGUCGAAGCGUGUUUACCGGGUGUUGGUUGCAACAAGAUCGCAGACGACACUUCCACGUGCUGUGGCACAUCGAAGACCGUCGCGGUCACCGUGACCACCGUGUGCAGCGAAGAGUACCCUUACCUGCGGAACUUGACAAUUACUCAAGCCAAAAUUAUUCCUUCCCUCGACAUCAUGCUCAACAUCUCUGGGAAACCGACUAAGGUGUUUGACGCAACGACCACCGUCGAGACCGAGCUCAAGAAGCAGGGCUCGGUGAUCAUCGCCACCCAAGGCUCAACUCUAGUGAACGAACAACUGAAGAACUUGUACGGAAACCGCGUUUUUUGCACAGCCGAAGCUCAGAAGAAGUGGCUGGAUGCAAACCCGCCUGCUUCAUUAGAACCUGCGGCAACUCCCGUCCCGCGCGCUAGUCGGACUCCUGCUCCCAGUGCGGCAUCGUCGUUCUCUGUUGCGGGGUGGGCCGUGCUCAUGUGUAUCAUUGCCUUUGUGGCUUAACGAAUGCAUACAUUCCGUUGUGUCCCA